UGUAGGAUCCUCCCGGGACACUCUUUGAGUUGGAGAUUUCUGCAGAGAGGACUGGCUGACCCCCGCAGAGCUCUUAGGAUUUUCAGCGGUCUGAUACUGGAGGCUUGCACGCUGCGCUCUCUCGACCCUGGGACACACUCGCUCGAACCACAGCAGUGUGCAGGUGACCGGCAUAUCCUCUCUCCGACUCUCCAUAAGCUCAUGAACCUGGGAGCAGGUGUCCGGCGAUGGCGCGGCCUCUAAGCGACAGGACCCCGGGCCCCCUGCUGUUGGGAGGCCCGGCCGGGGCCCCCCCUGGCGGGGGAGCGCUGCUUGGGCUGCGGAGCCUUCUGCAGGGGACCAGCAAGCCCAAAGAGCCGGCCAGCUGUCUCCUAAAGGAAAAGGAGCGGAAGGCGGCUCUGCCCUCAGCUCCCAUCCCGGGACCGGGCCUGGAAACGGCUGGCCCAGCCGAUGCCCCGACGGGGGCGGUUGGUGGCGGUGGGUCCCCGCGGGGGCGCUCAGGGCCGGCGGCUGGCCCGAGUCUUUUUGCGCCGCUGCUGUGGGAACGCACUUUGCCUUUCGGCGACGUGGAGUACGUGGACCUGGACGCCUUCCUGCUGGAGCACGGGCUCCCGCCGAGCCCGCCGCCCCCCGGGGGCCUGUCGCCGGCACCCUCUCCGGCUCGCACGCCCGCGCCUUCCCCGGGGCCCGGCUCCUGCGGCUCCUCUUCCCCCCGCUCCUCGCCGGGGCACGCCCCCGCCCGGGCUCCUCUGGGAGCCGCCGGUGGCCACCGCGCAGGCUUGACCUCUAGGGACACACCCAGUCCUGUGGACCCAGACACCGUGGAGGUGCUAAUGACCUUUGAACCUGAUCCAGCUGAUCUUGCCCUGUCAAGCAUUCCAGGACAUGAGACUUUUGAUCCUCGGAGACACCGCUUCUCAGAGGAGGAACUGAAGCCUCAGCCAAUCAUGAAAAAGGCAAGGAAAGUCCAAGUGCCCGAGGAACAGAAGGAUGAGAAGUAUUGGAGCCGCAGGUACAAGAACAAUGAGGCCGCCAAGAGGUCUCGAGAUGCACGAAGACUCAAGGAGAAUCAGAUAUCGGUGCGGGCAGCCUUCCUGGAGAAGGAGAAUGCCCUGUUGCGGCAGGAGGUGGUGGCUGUACGGCAAGAGCUGUCCCACUACCGCGCUGUGCUCUCACGGUACCAGGCCCAGCACGGGACGCUGUGAGGCCACGCCAGCCUGCCUGGUCAGAGCCCUGUUCCUUCCGCAGACUUGCACCUGACACUCUUCCUCCCUCUUCCGUCUGGCCAGCGAGGUGCCCCAGGGACGUGAUGAUACAAAUACAUUUAUAUUUUUAAGAAAAAGCUGACCUUCCCCCACCUCCCUUGCGGGGGGUGGGGAGGGUCCUGUGUGUGCUGUUAGCACUUCGGGGAACCUACCCGCCCAACCGCCUCCGUCAACACAAUCCUGAAUAAAUCUUGAGAACCCAGGA